AUGUUGCCUACACCCGACACCUCGCACGUCUCCUUUGACACUAUCUACGAACCAUCUGAAGAUUCAUAUCUCUUUUUGGACACCCUGUCAUCAGCAUCAGAAUCAAAAUGGCUAUCUGAGAGAUUUAAAAAAGGCAGCAGCCCCUCAGAUAAAAUCGCAGAUGCCGUGCCCUUGGUUGUGGAAGCAGGCACAGGAUCCGGCGUCGUGCUGGGAUUUGUAGCAGCCCAUUCUCAAGACAUCUUCGGACGCCGGGAUAUCCUCACACUGGGAACCGACGUCAACCGGAAUGCUUGUCUUGCGACCCGGGAAACAGUGUCCACAGCCAUCCAGUCAAUUCAAAAAGAAGAAAGCACCGAGACCAGCUCGAGCCUACAGAGCGUUCACAUCUCCUCGUUGACCGCAGACCUGUGCACAUCCUUACGCCCUGGCAGCGUAGAUGUCCUUCUCUUCAACCCACCUUAUGUACCCAGCGAGGAUCUCCCCCGGUUACCGACCGCAUCGGAGAAUGAUCCAGCGGUGGCCCAGGCCAUGUCUCGUUCGGCCAAGUUCGAGAGCGACUCGUACUUCCUGUCGCUGACCUAUGCGGGUGGCGUGGAUGGCAUGGAGACGACAAACCGAUUAUUAGAUGCCAUUCCUGACAUCCUAUCGACACGGGGAGUGGCCUAUGUUCUUCUGUGCAAGCAGAACCGACCGGACGAGGUUAUGGCGCGCAUUCGCGGAUGGGGUGGUUGGUGUGCCGAAAGCGUGGGAUCGAGUGGCAUGCAAGCUGGCUGGGAGAAAUUAGUGAUUGUUCGGAUAUGGAGAGAGGGCAGCUAA